GUGCCAUGUCUGUGCAGUCAUCCGACCAGCCCGACUCCUCCAGACUCGGCCCUCGAGGCGAGUGUAACGGCUCCGAGGAUCCACCGGGGGCCACAUCCAACACCAACGGUUUCCACGAUGAACCCACGGCGCCCAAAUCAGACCCGACUCAAUCCAAACAGAAUCAUAACGCGGGCGGAUCGGCAUCGGACCAUCAGUUCCUGAACCCAGGUCCAUCCUGCAGGGCUAACAAAGGCAGCAGCUCUUCUAUUCCUUACAUAGACUGCAGCGACAUAGACAGUGAAUGUGAUGUGACAAAGAACAGCAGGGGCCACAGCGGGGCAAAUGACAGCAAAGCGGAUGAGCCUAGUGUUUAUAAUAUUAAUAAUAAGCAUGGGGGGCAAGCAGGGAGUCUGUUUGGGGCUGUAAACGGGUUCUACCACACCAAUCACCAGGGGCUGAUGCAGCAGCAGCAGCAAGGUGUUCUGGGUAACAGAAGCAUUGUAGAUCCUAACAAGCUUAGUCACGAGAUAACAGAUGAUGAAAUGGUGCCGAACAGCGGUUCAUUUCACGGUCGUCUCCCGCUCCACAGCACGCUCCUGGACGAAGUGUUUCACGGGCGAGAAAAGCAGGUUUUAGGGCGGUCGUUUGGAAACGGGACGAGAAGUCAGUGCUCCAGCCCGGUGGUCGGCAGCUUCCACCACCGCACGAACUCCCUCAGUCACGCCGAGAUGACGAACGAUCAGUCGCAUUAUUUCGUUAAGCGUCCCGGAGUUUUCCCAGUUGAAGCUCCCAGCGUUCCGACACCUCCUCAGGCUCAGAUCCACUACGGUAGCUACUCCCCGAUCACCUCGAACCGCACUCAUUUCGCCAAACCACAUCUCAACAACAACGCGCGAAAUCGCUCAGACACGGAUCCGUUUAUUCUCAGCCAAUUAACAUCCACACCGGUGCACCAGCACACCCCUCAUCAGCACACCCCUCAUCGCUCUGCGUUGCACGUCCAAGCGCCGUGUUCGGCCCCGAUGGAGCGCAGAACGAUUGCAACGAACGGGAAUCACGCGGGAAAUCACGGUCAGGCGCGAACAAACACCGUUCAGCGGCUGUUUGGACGUCAGGGAAAACCCGGUUCAAACCCCACGCGGGACAAUCACAACAAUAUAAACGCGCCGGUUCAAAUGAUCGACGUAUCCACAAGCAGCGGCUCUGGAUCCGAAACCAGCGACGAAGAAGAGUCGGAAACCGGCAGCAGCGGCGCUUACAGCCACCCGUUAAUGUACGGGAACCCCGCCGCGGUUAGCUCCUUGAAUUCCGUGAACUCCAACGGCGUGAACUCGUCCCCGAUUGGUCGUAAUAAGUUCUCUUUCGGGCUGGAAGAGGGAGAGAACGGGGAGAGAGAGGAGAGGGAAGGAGGCCGUUAUCGCUUUAACGAGGAAGACGUAGGAGGGCGGGUUUUCAGCUGUUGAAGGGCGGAGAGAGAUAUGCACGUAGUUUUGCUCCUUAUGUAACAAUCUCAGUUUAGUGUAGUUCAGAUACUGUGCUGCUUGUGUGUAAGCUACGUUAAUAGAAGAAGUACUCUACUGUGAAUCGCGAUAUUAUACUAGUCCACGUUUCCUCUAGCUGUGACACACCUUUUAUAAACAAACGCAUAGUUUUGGAGAGUUUGAAAAUUGAAAUUUUUGACAUAUUUUGUAGGUUUUUUAACUCAGAUCUCUGCCCUUCUUUUAAGAUGGAUUUAUAAUACUUCCUUUCAUUUUUUAAACCCCCAAAAUCCUUGUUUUUGUAUUGGAUCUUUAUGCCAAACUGCUGUUACACAUAACAAAUGGCUUUUUGUCAAACGGAGACUCAAUAGUAGAGUUAAAACAUCGAGUAACCGUCCUUAAAAUGUGCCAUAACCUAAAACAAUGUAAAUUCAGUGUUUUUAUAUGUAUGUAAAAAACCCAUUAUGUAGGAAAUGGUCCUGGAAAUCUGAAGGAAAACCAUCACAUAGAGAAUAGUGAUAUAGCUUAGGAUGAUUUAAAGUUAAAUGCAUGUUAUUGCGAUAUUAAGGUGUUAAAGAAAGACUGAUGGUUUGUUUUCUGAAAGAGUUGACCAGGACCCGCUGCCUUUCUUGGUCCUUUCCCCGUUUGUUGUGAUAACAUUUAGCGUUCCUUGUGUAGAAGUUUCUCUAAGUCUCACUUUUAUAAUGAUAUCACUGUCGUCUCGUGCAAUAGGAGGGCUUUAAGGUGAUAGCUGGGGUUCAUGGAGAUAUUCCCCUUCUUAAUUGUACAGAAUCGUCUUGGUAGACAACGAAUUGUAGAAUCAUUUGGUAGUGAAAUAAGUGAGGGUGUUUCUCGUUCGUUUUUUAGAGCACUUUUUCAUUGGACUGUCGUUGUGGGUGACUUGCACUGUACUUUGGAUGUUUGUUUUAGUUUUAAUAUCUCAAAUAGAUUUGCAUCAACUAAAUGUUAGGGAGAGAAUUUUCUAAUUGUAUUUUUGAUACAGGUGCAUUCCUUUCGGUCUUCUCCCUUUUCUAUCCUCGCACAGAACCACACACAUCGUCCUUAACCACGCGACCGUCCACAGCUUUCUGCUUUGCUUCGCUCGGCCCCUGGCAUGCUUUAUAAAAAAACACGGUUGACUUUCUUUGGAUGCUGUCCUCUUUGUGUUGCUGUUUAUUGAAGGUGUUUCUGGCACUGCAUCCCAAACACUGUCAUUUGCAUCCACUGCUUCUUUUCUUUACCUAGCAAUGCAAAUGAUAUGUGCAUGUCGCACUUAGGCUCGGUGCAUAAAAACACUAAACUGUACAUAUUCAUGAUUUUAGGAAGGCAGGGUGUCUUUGAGCUACUUCUCGAUGCAUUAGUGUGAUUUGAAUCUACUAAGUGACCUAACUUGGACUGUAUGUUAUCAGCAUCCCCUCAUGUGUAGUCCCUUUCCUAAAGCCAAACCUUUUCUUUCCUCGGAGCAAAAUGUCCAUGCUUUGUAAAUGCACUGUUUUACGCAUGUCACUGGGAACUGUUUUCUUUUCUUCUUACACUGAAUGCAUGUUAACCAGGCGAGCAAUGUCCCUGCUAUUCUGUCAUUAUGCUCAUUUCAUCACUUGGUGUUUGUGUCGAAAUGGUUUCAGAUGUUUGAGAAACAUUCGGUGCAGUUUCACAACUUUUACAAAUGUCUAGUUCCCUGUUUUCCUUCUUUACUUCCUGUGGGUGUCCACACAGUUUCAUGCCUUUUUGUUACAACACUGCCACGGUGCAUCUCCUGCACCCCGUGUUCUUCAGAUAUUCAGAAACCAUUUAUGUUUUCGCCCGCAGCGACACAAGCAUAAAACAUGGCUGACUCAACUCCAGUGUGUUUUUUAAAAAAGAGAGAGAGAGAGAGAGAAGGUAGACGGACACAAGUGAAGUUAAAGCUUAAUGCAAACGCAAGUGCAGAAACAAAGAGUUCAGAGAGACGUUUCGUAAGGCGGGAAAGUCUGAGUAUUGUCAGAAGAUGGACACACACACGCACACACACACACACACGCACACACGCACACGCACGCACACGCACACACACACACACACACACACACGCACACUCACACACUCACACACACACACGAGAACUGGAGUUGAGUAUUUCACCAUUUCCAUUGAGGCUUUUUGUCAUUUGAAUGAACACUAACGGACUGAUAGAACGUUGUUUUCUAGAUUUAUUUUCAAUAAUUGUAGUUUUAUGCAGAAUACACGCAGUUAUGAUUUUGGGCAAUGUGCCAAGAGUUAUAUGAGACAGUGCUAUAAAAUGACUGGCAAGAAUCCGAGUAUUUUCCCAAAUGUCGGACUAUUCUCUUUAAUUUUAAGCAUCACUUAACACACGUUUUACUGACUGGCCUCUUUUGAAGGAAUAAACCGGCCUUUCUUACGUUCUGAUUUGAAGGUCGGGGGCGCUUUU